AUAACUCUCCCUCCCAGCUAAGCAGCCUUAGCUAUUCCUGUCCCCGCCACCCUCCACAAUAAUAUAGUUUUAUAAAGUCUCCAGGCUGUGAGGUCGCACAUGAAAUGCGGGUCGGGGUACACAGUUGCCAGACUCGGAUCCUAAAGAAAAGCCAUUCUUGCAAUGAGGAAGCAGAACUUUUUAAAGCCAGGGUACUUUCUGACUACUGGGAAACCGGCCUGUGUGCCAAGAUUUCCAGAAGAAGCUGCUUGGACUAUUCCCUUCCUUUUCGCAGCAGCUGUUUCCACUCUGUAUUUUAAUGAGGCGGCUGAACUUCAGCCAUGGGGGAAGGAUUUCCCCCUAAUGGCACCCCCUCCUGCGGCUAGUAGAGGGCUUUGCUUGCAUUUCAUGUUCUUUGCUUGCAUUAUGCAAAUGCCUUUGACUGCGCACUUCCAAAAAAAGGAAAACACUGCGCUCUCCGUCAGUUGCAUUCCGGAUUACCAGCAAUGUUGGGGCUUUCCCCUCCAACUUUCUGUGGACUCUUAAUUUCGAUGUGCCGUUGACCUUGCCAAAGAGGAUCCGAAUUCACAUGUGGAGAAGCUGAGAUCCUCUGGCACGAUGACUUCUGAAUGCAAAGAAGUUGAAGUUGGAAGCACUGUUGUGAAUGGCCUGGUACUGGGCAGUAAUGGACAAGACAGAGCGAAUGAUGUCCCUUUAUGUUCACGCUCUGUUUCUGCUGUUAAAAUAAUUCCCGUGAAGAAAGUGAAAAGUUCUCCUGGUCUAGUGUUGCCGACAGACUUGGAUCCUGCCAAAGUCUGUACUGGAAAGGGGGCUGUGACCCUCUGGGCAUCUCCAACCUAUGAGGAGAAUCGGAGUGUCAGUCCUACAAGUCAUUCACAAGACGUCCACCAAUCUGAAAGUGUAGAGCCAGGAACACCCGAAACAGAUGACUGGAGGUUACCGCUUAGUGUCGACUCCAAUGGAGAUGCUCAGUCCUCUGCUCUGGCUGCCAAGGGCUACCGCAGUGUGCGACCAAACCUCUCUGAGAGCAAACCACACACCCCUUCUCCACCCCACCCCUCUCCUCCAAACGAGGAGAGCUUUGCAUGGCGACCUCGCACCGGCACCGCAAUAACUGUCCUGCAGCCCAUUCCCAUAACGGAUUGUGUACACCCUCGCGCACCCAAGACGCAUUUGCGACCCAGCCUCGAGGGCCGGCCCAGUUUUUCCACCUCGCCCAAACCCUUCGUCUCGGCUCCCUACAAAUCCGCUGGCUCGAUCCCCGCAGACAGGGGGUUGCAUGUUGGGCAAUCGCGGUCGGGAAGUCGCUCCUUGGUACCCGACGCGUCAUCUGAGCACCAAAACACCCUGGCGCUUGCUGAGGAACAUCCGAGUGGUAAAGCUGGACUGAAACCCAACCACGAAACCAGAGCACAGAAAAAGGUCAGCAGUCUAUAUGUAGCUUGUUUAUCUAACAGCACUUGUUCGGCUCCGUUUGGAAAUUCCACUGCUGCCCGUUCAGAUGGCCAAACACAAGGCGCCCGUUUUGGAGCUGAGGUCACUGUGGCACCAGCCUUCUCCCCUGCUUCCUCUGUAACAGAUACUGGAAAAUCUCUUCCUCCUCCUCCUCUUGCCCCUCCCAAGCCAUUCUUUAAUAUUGUUCUCAGUGGAGACUCAGUUAGUUAUGGUCCGAGCCAUCCCUCCAGGACUCCACAGGCUGUUGGCAACACAAAGGCAGACUUCCCACAUACGACUUGCAGUGAGGACAGGAUGAGAAAGGAACCGUGCAUUGCUCAGCCGCCGCCGCCCCAGCAACAUCCAUGCAAGGCAAAGGAACAUGGCAGGGAUGCGACUUGCUCUGCCGCCACCACCCCAGCUCAUACAGAGGUUAUAGUAGUGCCAUUCCAACAGGUUUACCCCGACCGCGGGCGAGAAGCCAGCUCAAGCACACCUCCACCGCCUCUCCUGCCAUAUGGCCAAAGCUCUGCAUUCUCUGACAACACGCCUGCUCCUGGCUUACUCCUGACCUUCCCAACAUUAGACGAUUUCAUUCCCCCUCACCUUCAGAAAGGUUCCCAACAUAACCAGCCGUCCUCUUCGUCGGGGAUUGUGCCCCACGUUCGCCCGAAACUGCCUUCACUGUCGCCACCACCACCUCCUCCUCCUCCUCCCGUGCUGAUUUCUCCCGUCACGGAGGUCUCAGACAGUGUGUCGGAGCCCAAGAGCACAGGAAUGAUCUUGCGCACAGACCCCUGUCCUCUGCUCUAUGAAGCGCCCAGGUCCAGCAGUGGCACAGAGUGCUAUGGCUCCCUAACUCUCACCAGCAAACCCACCUCUGGGUACCCCUCCACCACCAUAGUCAACCCCACCAUCGUCCUUUUGCAGCACAACAGAGAACAACAAAAAAGGCUUAGUAGCCUAUCAGAGCCAGCGAUAGAUGUGCCACUAGCCGAUAAAGUAGAUUAUAUGCCUGUCCAAGAAAAGAUGAGCCAGAGCAAGAAACAAGGAAUGGAGGAAAGGAAGAAAGUAAUUAAGAGUCCACAGUACAUGACCGAUUCCUCGCCGGAUGACAUAGGCAUUCCAUUAAGGAACACGGACCGAUCAAAGGACUGGUACAAGACGAUGUUCAAGCAGAUUCACAGGCUGACAAAAGACCCUCCUGAAGAAAACCCUUAUUGCCCUACCUACAAAUUCCCCGAACUUCCUGAUAUCCAGCCCCAAACCAAAGAAGAAAAUCCUUAUUCUCCUACCUACCAGUUUCCUGUGUCUACUCCUAGCCCUAAAUCUGAAGAUGAAGAUUCUGAUUCCUAUGUGCCUCAGUACUCCUUUUACAAAGACACAAGAGCACAGACUUCAGUACCCCGCUCCAAGAGCGAGAACGACACUAUCGACAUGGAGAAAGUGGUCAAGAGAUCUGCCACUCUACCCCUGCCAGCUCGUACCUCUUCUCUUAAACCGAGCACUGAAAGGAAUGAUUGGGAGCCUCCGGACAAGAAGGUGGACACAAGAAAAUACCGCGCUGAACCUAAAAGCAUUUAUGAAUAUCAGCCAGGAAGGUCCUCUGUUCUGAACAAUGAAAAAUUGACUCGGGAUAUAAGCCCAGAAGAGAUAGAUUUAAAGAAUGAGCCUUGGUAUAAAUUCUUUUCGGAAUUGGAGUUUGGGAAACCGCCAUUUGUUAACAUGCCUCCGAAAAAGAUUUGGGAUUAUACUCCGGGAUAUUGCUCUAUCCUUACUAGAGAGGAUAGAAAGACUGACCCAGAAAAAGACAUCUACCUCUAUCAGACUGAGUUAGAGGCAGAUAUAGAAAAAAUGGAGAAAAUGUAUAAAGAUAAGAAGCAGAUGAAGAGUACGACAGGCUCCUCUCCUCCAGAAACUUCCUCGGAUCAUUUGCCUCACUCGCCGUAUUCCCCCAGCUACCAUUCUGCAAAGAGAGAGUUUGAAACAGCUCUUGGAGAUGCCACCGGGCCGGAAAACGAAAGGCAAAUAUACAAAAGUGUUUUAGAAGGUGGCGAUAUCCCGCUGCAAGGGCUAAGCGGUCUCAAACGUCCCUCCAGCUCGGCUUCAACUAAAGUGGAUCGUAAAGGUGGGAAUGUUCAUACGAUUGCACCCUCUUCAGUUAAUAGCCGAACCCUUAACUCUAAUAAUGCUGGUCCAGUAGGCCGCCCAUGUAAACAUAAGAAACCCUUAUCUGCUGCAAAGGUCUGCAUUGCUGAAAUUCUUCCGUCCAAAUUCAAACCCAGGCUGGCUGCUCCACCUAUUUCUGGGCAGGACAGAAAGGAUCUCUUGCCUCACGAGAAAACGCAGAGCUGCGAAAACCUCCGCAGCUCUUUUGCCUCCUUUGAUAGCAGGAAGGAUUUUGAGAACUUGCUGAUGAAGUCCAAGCAAGAGUUUGCUGUCAAAUCCAUCAGCACACAGAGCUUGCAAGAGUAUGGAUCUUCCAGCUCCAGGAAGGGCUCUCGGAAGAACGAGAAGGAGUUCACCAUGUUGUAUAAAGACAUGCACCAUAUCAACCGCUCCGGGAUCCAGCUGAGUAGCAUUUCGUCCUGCAGCGUGAAGGAAAUUGCAUCCCUGUUUGAGAACGAGCCGAAGGACAAGAGGGAGCCCAACCCCAGUCGGGAGAACCUGGAGCAGAUCCCCAAGCACACGGUCUCCUCUCGCAUCACUGCCUUUGAGUUGCUGAUCCAGAGAUCCCUCUCCAUGCCUGCUCUCAACUUCUCCAGCUUCCAGGUCAAAUCUCCCGCUCCGAGCCUCUCUAACAGCUGCCUAGCUUCAGCUCGUUCGGCCGAAUACCUGUUGGAUUAUGCCAAGCCGGACCUGGGACCUGCCAACCUCGCCGAUACGUCCUCCUAUUCGUGCAGCAAUACGGAGGACGUGACCUCGGAAGUCAGUGACCUGGCGCCUGUGGAAACGCUCUCGGCUUGCACCGACGAGAUAGAUCUGUUCUCCAACGUAUCCAACGAUAGCGGCGGCGACAGCAUCACCAGUGGGCCCUUGAGAUACAAAGCUAACCAGUGCAAAGGAUCCUGCGCUGCUUCUUACACCAGGUUUACAACCAUUCGGAGGCACGAACAGCAACAGUCCGGCAGAGGGGAACCCCAAGAAGAUCAGCAGCUGCUUCCCAGAAACGUCUAUCUCAUGAGCCCUCUUCCCUUCAGACUGAGAAAACCCGUGCAGCACAGCUCCAGGAAGACUCCGCCUCUGCAGAUCCCGGGAGACCUGUUGGCGUCCAGCUGUGAGAUCCAGAAUAAUCUGGCUCGGUCGAGGGGGAGCCUGGUGGACCGGGUGGACAGCUCCCUCUUCCAUGAGCUGUAUAUCCGACAGAAACCUCCGGCUCCCAAACGCCUCUCUUCCUAUGACGUCCUCAAAAGGUUUAGCCACUUCCUGGAUAUGGAAACAUGCCAAAAUAGCUCCCUAAUGGACAUCCCAGGUGCCUUUAAUAAUGGGAAUGUUCCAUAUGCAUUAUACCACAACCUGGACACAAACAACAACCAGCACAGGACGUACCUUGGAGAUUCAGAAUCACCAAGGCAUUUUGCACCACUUGAUUACAUGGAGAGUCCUGAAGAAUUUUCCCGCAGGCGCCACAGUGAUAAAGAGAAACUUUUAGAGGACCAGAGACGGCUUAGACGUGAGCAAGAAGAGGCUGACAUUGCAGCUAGAAGGCACACAGGGGUCAUUCCUACGCACCAUCAAUUUAUCACUAAUGAGCGGUUUGGGGACCUCCUAAUUGUAGACGAUACCGCAAAAAGGAGAUCUGGGUCAGAGAUGAGAGCUGCCAGAGCGAAGUUCGACUUUAAAGCCCAGACGCUCAAGGAGCUCCCACUGAAGAAAGGGGAUGUCGUUUACAUUUAUAAGCAAAUUGAUCAGAAUUGGUUUGAAGGCGAACACCAUGGCAGAGUUGGAAUUUUUCCACAAUCAUACAUAGAGCUACUCCCUCCCACAGAAAAAGCUCAGCCUAAGAAAACAUCACCAAUACAAGUCUUGGAAUAUGGAGACGCUAUUGCCAAGUUCAAUUUCAAUGGUGACACUCAAGUGGAAAUGUCCUUCAGAAAGGGCGAGAGGAUCACACUGAUUCGGCAAGUGGACGAAAACUGGUAUGAAGGAAAAAUCCCCAGCACUCACCGCCAAGGCAUCUUCCCGGUCACAUACGUGGACAUUUUCAAGCAGCCGGUGCUGAAGAACACACUAGACUACGGCAGCUUAUCGUUCUGCCACUCCCCAAACCGCAGUCUGACAACAUCCCCGCAGUCUCCCAGUUCUGAGCUGCUUUUCACACCAACUCCUCCACCUUUGGCCCCCGUGCGCCCAGCCCUGUCUCCUGAGUUGCAGGCUGUCACCUCCGAGUGGAUUUCCCUCACCUUGGGGACGCCCCGUGGCCACGCUCCACCCGUCACCCCUCCAUUACCACCUCUUCCUGACGCUUCUCUCUGCAACGUCGACUAUCUCACCCCAUCGGCGGUGGCCAGCCCCUCGCCUUCCAUCAGCCUCCAUCCCUCUAACAUGUCCAGUUCCUCAACCCCGACCUCUUUCGUCUCCCCGCUGCCUCCCUCCCCUUACGAGCCUCAGUCACCCGCCCAAAACGCCAGCCUGGCGGCUCGGCAGAGCGAAGAGAAGUUUGCUAGCUCCCCUUCCCCGCAAAUGAGCUACUGCGAUUCGCCUUGCAGCCCCGACAGCUUCCUCUCAGAGCUCAGCGAUGCCACUGAACGCCAAGGCAAGUUGCAGAAGAGCCGAGGGCCGAGCCGGAGAAUGGAGAGGGAGGAUUGCGUUACGGCCAACAGAAGUUGCGGUGGCAUCCCUGAGAUCUGUAGGGCGAGGGGCCUGUCAGAGCCGGAGAAGGCCGUUAGCUCACAAAAGAAAUCUCUUCACACUAUUGAGGAGAGCACGCUGUAUCAGGAGCAGGGAGGUAGCCCCAUGUGCAGUUAUAAGCAAGUUGAACAGAGGGAAAAUCAAAGCAGGCCCUUCAAGUCUGUCAACGCAAAACCAUUCUCUCCAUCUACUCUUCUGUCUCCCUCUGCAAUUUCUUCCUUUGCGGUUAGAACACAAGUACCUCCCAGACUCUCACGCACGGUCAACGUCCCACAGCCUUCUCAUCAUUCAUUGAGGCCAGGACCAGAUCUCACAGAAUCUGAAAAGAGCUAUGUGGAAACCGUUUGCAAUGAGAUCUUAAACAUUGCGGAAAAGUCCGUUCAUUACUGCAGCACAAUUUCUCAGCCUCUUGUCUCUUGCCACAAGGGGCCCCAUAGUGACAAUAAAUCAUCUUUCAUCAUUUCUCAGCAACCGCAAGUCCUGCCGCUGGGAACAAGCCUCGACAGGAACCACGCGCCACAAGAUCUGCUUAGCUACCAAGCAUUGUACAGCUAUGUCCCGCAGAAUGAAGAUGAGCUGGAGUUACGAGAUGGAGAUAUCAUAGAUGUCAUGGAGAAGUGUGAUGACGGCUGGUUUGUUGGCACAUCCCGGAGAACACAACAGUUUGGUACUUUCCCAGGCAACUACGUGAAACUUGUAUCUUCAUAAAAGCCAUUGCUAGCCCGUUGGUGAUUUCACCAGGAGAGAGACAGACAGACAGAUAGACAAAGAGAUGGACCUGGGUUUGAAACUGUAAGGAAAAAAUGUUCAGAAAAGACUUAUUUCAUGAAUGUAGCCGACAAGCGAGGAGACGCGGAUGUGAAUGUGGUAAAAGUGUUGGACUGACUCGAAGCCCUUGCCUCCUUUAAAGGUUGACCAGAGCAAAGUACCGAGCCGCUUACAAUGCUGCCUUUGUGUCUGCUUUUAUCCUUCAGGGGUGGCAAGAUAAGACUUCGCUUUCGUUCAGUAUUGAGUAUUGCUCUCCGGGGUGUGAAACUGGGGGAAAGCAAUGAGAUGGGAGUGUGAAAUAACGUGAGCAGGGUGGGGAGGGGAAGAGAACACGAGAACAGUGAAUGCAUUUUGGUUGCAGACUCUGUGACUGCAGUCCGGCUGGCAGAGGGUGAAGUUGGUGUCUCAUCCUGCUAAAACCUCAUGCAGCUCUUGUUCCCUUCCUUUGGAAUGUGCACCUUAACACAUAUGAAGGGGAAAGGAAUUUACGGAGACCCAUUUUAUAUAGAAGGGCACAUUGCCAAGAUCAUCCUCCCAUUAUCUUUUAAUUCACUACACCAGAUUUAAGCAGGCUUUUCUGUGUUUCCUGUUCCCCCGUUUUAUUGAGGUUGCAAUCUUCUAUUUUGUUUUACUGGUCAGUUGGCUGUCAUAAACCUACUUUUACUGCACUUAACUAAAACAGCAAGUAAGGCAGCGGUCUUGACACUGUGCCUUGAGGCAGACGAAAAGAAUUGAGCCUGGAUCUUUGAUCGGUCAUUAAGAUUUGGCGUUACCUGCCGAUAAAAGAUUGCAUUCUAUUCUGCUUGACAUUAUCCCGCCACGUUCUACGCGUUUUGACCCAGCUUUUCCACACAUAUCCUGAAAGUUCUGCCCACUGCAAGUUCUGGGCCAGAUCUACUCAGAAUGUCAUCAGCACAAGCUUCCUAAAGCUACAUUUCUGCCAGCGGAGCUUGUGCUGAAGCCAUUUCCAGUGGUUUGUGCCUUUGUGAGAAUUUAGUGCAUUC